GGGGCGCUUACUGUGAAUACUCUGAACUCUGCAGAUAUUCCUUCGCUUUUUCAUUGCUGCUGAGUCUUGCACUAAAGAUAAAAGGAUAAAACAUGUAAUGCAGCAUUAAGAGACACGCUGUAGGUGCAUUGUAAGGUUACCUCUUAUCCAACUUGUCUGGUCAUCAUGGGCCGAACGCCACAAAGAGAUCCAAAAGAGGAGAAGAAGGAGAGGCGGAGCAGCAUCACAGCAGGCUCUGCCCUCGACAAAUCAAACGAGCCUUUUAGUUGGGAAGACUAUCUGAGAGAAACCUCGUCGGUAGCAGCAUCACCUUCUUGCUUCAAACAGUCCAGAAUCCCACCUUCCAAUGAUUUCAAAGCAGGUAUGAAGCUUGAGGCUCGAGAUCCCCGCAACUCUAAUUCAGUCUGCAUUGCCACGGUGAUGGGCAUGAUGGGCACUCGCCUGCGACUCCGCCUAGAUGGCAGUGACAACACAAAUGACUUCUGGCGGCUGGUGGACUCUUCAGAGAUCCAGCCGAUAGGAACAUGUGAAAGGAGUGGAGACAUGCUGCAGCCCCCACUGGGUUUCAGGAUGAAUGCAUCAUCAUGGCCCAUGUUUCUCCUGCGGACGCUAAGUGGUGCAGAGAUAGCUCCCGCCUCUGCUUUUAAGAAGGAGCCAGCAAGCCCGUCUAAAAACUACUUCCAACCUGGCAUGAAGCUGGAAGCAGUGGACAGGAAAAACCCUUACCUGAUUUGUCCUGCCACAGUGGGAGAGGUCCGAGGCCAGGAGAUUUUUGUUAUGUUUGACGGCUGGCGAGGCGCCUUUGACUACUGGUGCCCCUUUGACUCCAGAGACAUAUUCCCUGUUGGUUGGUGUUCCCUGACGAAGCACAGCCUACAGCCGCCAGGAAACUUCUUUACCCUUCCUGGUGCCCUUCUAGCUCCGGUUUCUUCCACAUCUGCAACUCGUCGCUCCUCGUUCAACUCCUCCUCCUCGACCUCCAUGCAGACCUCAUACCGACUGCCAAAUCCCCUGCCACCCCUCCCUGUCCGAAAGGGUGUCCGAGGUCGCCGUCCCAAAUCACAGACCAUUGCUUUGUUGAAAGCAGCGGCUGAGGCGGCAGCAGCAGCAGCAAUUAAUGGAGCACCUCAGAGCCCAGUGACUGAGACGUCGCUGGCCCCCAGACCACACAAGAAGAGAGGGCCCAAGCCGAAAGGCAAGAAGAAGCCUCUGAUGGGAGAAUCUCCAGGUUCAUCACCAGCUCCAACUCCGCCCCCAGAGACCAAACUGAACACCAGCCACGUCUCUAUGGACAGCAACCUCAGCAAUGGCUCAAAUGUAAUUUGCACAGUGUGUGUCUAUGUAAACAAGCAUGGCAACUAUGGCCCACAUCUGGAUCGAAAACUGGUCCAGCAGCUGCCGGAUCACUUUGGUCCAGCUCCAGUCAACGCAGUGCUUCAGCAGGCUGUUCAGGCCUGUGUGGACUGUACAUACCAGCCCUCUGUGCUGUUAUCCUUUCUACAGAGCCAGUCCCACUCUGGAGGGGAGGUCAUUAGAGUUUGUUCAGAGCAUGGUAUUCGCUAUGUGAAGCUGCCCUCUGCAUCCAGUGCCUCGUCUGUGCUGCGGUUCCUGGAAAACAUGUGCCAACACCUGGAGAGUGACACCCUUUUCAGCUCACAGCCAUUCAACCCCUACACCAACAACACACGUUUCUACAACAGAACUAAAUCAGAACCACUGUCUGUCACGGAGAAUGGCGUUUCCAAUGACAAUCCAUCCAAGGACCCCACACCUACCCCUCGGCCCCUCCACAACACACUGGACUACAGAUCAGCAAAGAGGGAGCGGCCGUGUUAUCCUGGGCACACAAAAACACCACCACCACCCCUCCGACGAGUCAGCUCCAACCCCACUGAGUUUGGCCCCUUAAAUACACACAGACGAGUGGAGGCUAGCUCAACAACAGGUCCCGAUCACAUGAAACAGGACAGGGAGACUACAGGGAACAACGCUUCCUCCUGGUCAGUUGAUGAUGUCAUCAGGUUUGUCCAAGAGGCGGAUCCACAAACCUUGGGUCCACAUGUCGACCUGUUUAGGAAACAUGAGAUCGACGGCAAGGCUCUGAUGUUGCUGCGGAGUGACGUCAUUAUGAAGUACAUGGGACUGAAGCUGGGCCCGGCUCUUAAACUGUGUCAUCACAUCGAGAAGCUGAGGCAGAGCAAACAUUAGAUGAUGAUGAUGAUGAUGAUGAUGAUGAUGAUGAUGAUGAUGAUGAUGGAACUGAUUUCUCACUGACAACCAAACACUUAUCAAUCUGCAGGAAAUGUAGUCCAGUGCAAUAACGUCAUCAUAUAACGACAUUGAUGUUAUGUUCUGGUAUGUUCUGGGAAUAAUGGGUUUUUAUUAAAAGGAGAACAGCUUUCAUUUUAAGAUAUUUUAAAGGUGGAAAUUGUGAAUCCUAGUUUGUCUGAAUUUAUCUAAUUAUCUUAAAUUACAUAAAUAAGUUUUUUUUUUUCAAGUAGAAUUGACAUCAAUGUAAGAAAUUUAAUAAAAACAACUUAUUUGUGGCCUUUCAAAUUUGGGGGUCGUUACAGUAAGUUAACGGUCUCCCAUCUAGUACAACAAAUAGACAGAACAAUAAUAAAUAAUUAAUUCCAAAUUUUAAACAGAUCUGAAUUUGAAAGCUUUCUAAAAUACUAUCACCUCCCUUGUACAGAGCAAGUUCGUGAAGUGAACAGACAUCCUAGCAUAGGCAUCAGUUUUGACUUAUUUUGUUGUUGUUUAUUUGCCUUAUUUUGAGUAAAUGAGCACCAUUAUUUCUGAGUCCCAAUAAAUAUAAUUUUGCAUUGCUACUCUUAAGCUGAUAAAAAAAAAUCUGUACAGAAAUAGUAGGCCAGAUAUGGUGCACAAAGGACUGGAAAGGUUACUCCAGAUAGUAAAUAUGUCAUUUCAAUGUAGUCAAUACGGUUGCUGAAAGUCUGUUAUGAUGAAAUGGUGAAAUGUAGCUUCUGCAUGCUGCAAGAUAUAUGGGCAGGGAUACUAACAGGGACUGAACAACGAUAACACCUCAGUUAUGGGAAUUACAAGGGUUUGAUCUUAAAAUUGUCUUGUUUGCUUAAGUCAAUCGGUAGAGUAAAGUUUUAUUGGCAAAGAAUAUGCAUUACAAUUAGCAGAGCGGAAACUAGUUUGAUUCAGAAAGUGUCAAUCUCAUAUAAAAAACCCCUUCCUGAGUUAAAGACAUUCAUGCUGGUCAGCUUCCUAUUGAUUGCCGAUACUCAUGGAGUCAAACACGCUUAAAACCAAGGCUUCAUCGACUGGGAUAAGUGUUUUGAUAUGAACAUAAAUAUCACAUCCUUUAUAGCAAAAGUUGGCAUUGCUGUACAGGUACGGCUCCUGCCUUUGGGACAAAAGAGAAGUAGUUUUGUAAAAAAGUUUAACAUGUAGUUUUUUUUAUAUAAUUUUGGACUGUAACUAUAUGUACCAGCCUGUAUCAAGUGUAACCAUUUUUUUUUUAGCCUUAAUAGUGUUUUGUGUGACAUAUGCUGGUGAAGAUUCUCAGUGAUCCAGGUCAUAGUCAUUCAA